AGUCGGUCGAGAGUAUGUGCACAGUCCCUCCGAGACAAAUCGAUAUUCAUUUAUUUUAAUUAUUCAGUUAUCUUAAGUGUUCGGAAAGUGAGGAUAACUCUUUAAAAUGCAAUUUUAGCAUGAACAGAUAUUUCACUAAUGCUGAUCGGCUAUAUGACGCCUGCGGCCUCGAUGAACAAACUCUUGACCAGAUGCUGAUAUCUAUGUACCUGUCAAACUUCAGUGUAUAGAAGGAUACAGACUGACAGACGUAAAGCGACAUUAUGGUGAAGCCACACAGGAUGAUUCAGGUAUUUUUGUGUUUGGUGUUCGGAGUACUUCUCUACAUACUCAUGAGAAUACCAAUUGAGUUGGAAAACAACUAUCGUGACACAGAAGAAAUGUAUGUACCAUUAGCACUAAGCGAGAGGAUUUCUGACAGUUAUCCUGUUCGGUAUUGUACCAGUAAUCAAUCAUACGUGGAUUUCGGAAGUUCAAAUAUUCUGACAUCCCAACAAAAAGCGAGUGUUGAGCAAUGUAUAGCGUCCUACCAGCAGGAUCACACACGGGCAUUAGAGGAUGAACGAUCGCAUAGGGCAAUACGUUAUACCAACCAUUCUUAUCUCAACCGAAACAGUGUUAUGAUAGAGGUUGGUGGACAUUUGGGUAUUGAUGUAAGUGAAUUCAAUUCUCGAUACCAUCCAGGCUUGUAUUUUGUGUUAGAACCAGUUCCUAAAUUUUAUAAUAUAUUGGUGACAAAAUUCAAGGAGUUUAAAAACGUAGUUUUCUUUAACUUUGGAAUUGAUGUCGGUGAUGGUCAAUUUUAUAUAAAGGAGUCCAGUGAUGAUGCAGUUUCUAUAUUUGAGUCCGAUAGCCAGAUUGGAGAGAUGAUACAAAUAGUUAACACAACACAAUUCUUCGAGACUUUGUCAGUCCGGAGUCGUGAUGUGGACUUAAUAACAAUGAACUGUGAAGGAUGCGAGUACGCUGUACUGGACCUUCUCCUCACGACAGACUACAUACGUCACUUCCGGAAUAUUCAAUUCCAGUCUCAUAGAAUUGAAAGGAUAUGUUACCCGAUUCGACGAUUCUGCUGGUACCAGGAGUUGCUAAGAAAAACUCACAAACUAAGUUUUCAAUUCAGGUUUGUGUGGGAAAAUUGGACAAAAUUAUAAAUAUGUGUGUGUAAAUAUAUAAUGUAUUAAUCUUCAGUAAAUCUUUGCUAUCUCGAACUUUGAUUACUCGAAUACAUUGCUUAACUCGCAGUUAAUAACAAGAACUAAACCCCGUUACUGCGAAUACUCCGAAUAGUUUUUGAUGAUCCACUGACUUCAAGAGAUGGAAUCAAUAUGCUGUUAAACCGACCUGGUAGAAUCAAACACCCUGACAGCGUCUGAUUCUACCACGCCGGCAUAAUACCAUUGAGGAAAAUCGGACCAUACCUUAUAUUAUUCCAUUUAACCAUUACGUAAUAAACUCGGGUAUUCUGUCGGUUGAUUUUCUCUCUCUCUGUCAAACCAUUCUUGAAUAAAUGUGUUGUGUUUUCUGUUUUAA